AUAUCUGUGAACUCGGCACAGACCGUGGUAAACAACCAUAUUUCUCCAGACUUACUAGGGUCCACGUCCUUCCGCUCGAAACGCCGAAUAGUGUCGUGUUCACUGCGACGCAAAUCCCAAUCAAUAUGCACUUCGAUGUAACAUCCUCGUCUGAUAUGGCAUGAUAGAAGUCGUCCAAUUAUUCCUUGUGGAAGUUACAGCGAAAGACAUCGCCGUAAUCUCGUUGCUUGUCGUCCGCCUGGGUGCGGAUUAGGUGUGGUGGACCCUGGAUCAAAGCGUUGAGCUUCAAACAUCAAAGAGUCUCGAUUCACCCCUGUCUCACCUGGCGGCUUCUAGAUCUGAUCUGAGAAUGGCAUGAUGUCUCGGGGAAUAGGAAGUCUUAACUGUAAUAGGAGUGUCGCCCAUUGCAAAGGCUGUGAAAUCAAGGUAAUUCUAGAACUCUCAUCGCAACUUGCCUGAAUUUGUCUUUGAAUUUGUCUUGUUUGGAGAAACAUUUCGCCUGUCUUGAGCCGGUACUCGAUUUUUCUUCGAAACAUCAACCUUAUUGUUAUUUUUUUUUUCCCCUUAGCUGUAACUUUUACCGACAUUGUUUACUAGCCAUUCAUUCAGGGGGGACUAAUGUCGUCCAACAUUCGCGCAGAACAAUUUUUCAAAGUUCCAGUUCAAGAAGGGAAGACUCUUCAGGAAACGCUCGAAGAAGUCGCUAUGGCGCUGCCUAUGAUCUUAGCUAUCACGAUCUGCCCUGCGUUACUAGGAACGCAAGAGGCUAUCCGGCAGAGUCAGUCCAAGAAUAAACGCGAAGAGCACCGAUCUCGUCGUUGUAACCUUAUCGUAUCGUGUGUCAGGCCCUCGAUUCGAAGUCGCGACAUAGACGGCAAGAUAGUUGUUCUUAAAGACAACAAGCUUUAUAUCACCACUGAGGCUUCAACAGCUGAGGAAGUUCAGUCCAGCCCUAAAGAUCAUGGGCAUCCAUUCGCAGGUUACUACUUGCCAUAUCCCGAUAAACCAUAUGAGGGUCUGGUUAGCACUAUCAGUGACGACCCUCCUAUGCUAAACUGGAUAUACGUCGACAAGGACACGUAUGAAGUAAAGUACGGUGUUCGUGCCGACGCGCAACCUCAUAUCACCGGACCCUUUGAUUGCACCCGGCAGGACCGGCGCAUGAUCUUAGAGAGCUGGGAAGGGUUCGUUGCGGUAGAAGAGUUUCCAGGUAUCUGGGCUCUUUACUUCGACCGAGAUGAUGACGGUCUAGUCACCAAGGUUCCGAUGGGAACCAGGGUGCUUGAGGUGGAGCUGACUCGACGGGAGAAGAAGGAGCGCAAGCCCCAAGUUGAUCCCAACGCUGCACAGACGCUAGAUGAGAAGAUGAAGCAACACAAGGAGCAGACUCAGAGAGAAGAGGAAGAGAGGCAGGAGACUAUCCGCAGGGAAGCUGAGGAGGUAGAAGCAGCGGAACGGCUGCGACAGCAACAACAACAACAACAACAACAACAGCAGCAGCAGCAGCAGCAGCAGCAAGAACAGCGGCAAGAUCAACACGACAGCGAUGUUGUAGAUGAUCAAGGUGGAGACACAGCGAGGGGAAGUCUUGAUCUAAGUAAACUGCACCUUGACCCUGGAUCCGUUGAGCAUCAGUCAGGUAUCCUUCAUUCACCUAGCGUAGCAACUGACAAUAUCUCAUUCUGGUCUUCAGCGAGGAAAGCAGAUAACCUUAGCGACACCGCGUCUGUCACGGCAGCUAGUUCCGUCGUCGAUAGACUUGAUACUCUGGACGAGCUUGCAGACGAAUCGGGUCCACCUGGGUACAAGAAGCCAUACGUUGAGGAUGAACCUCACACCAACGAGGCGGGGGACGAUGUAGACGCACAGUAAACAGGAAAGCCGUCAUAUAAUAUGCAGGCCUUUAAUGGUUAUAUAGAAUAUCUGCAUAUAAUAACUCACGAUGUCUUAUUUGCUGUCCCCAAUGGUCCGUGCUUCUACCUAUUGCAGGCUUCGAUCAGUUCAUUUACUAGACUCCUAGAGAAGCUUUAGUGGAUAUUCUUGGCAAUUUCGCUUAAGGCUUCAUA